GAUCAGGUGGUGUGUAACGAAGUGUUGGCGACCAGGUCGCCUCCUCUUCGGGAUGGUAACCACGGCCAGGGAGAGCAAACGGGGGAAAGGGCUGGGAGAAGUAGGACCAGACCCGGUGAAGGUGGACCGGGAAUGCAGGGCAAUUGUGAAACCCGAGAGGUAGGAAGGAGGCAGGGCGAUGAUGAGGAGCAAGUUACGGCGGAGGCAGGGGAUGGUGUGGCACUUGAAAGCCUCAAGGACCGUAUUGCAAAUAAGUGCCUGAUCGGGAACUGGCAGGAAGAGCGAAAUUCAGCUCCUAUAGAUCAGCAACAAGCCAAAACCACAUCACGUGCUUUAGCUUUCAAGAAUGGGCAUAAAGGUCUGCUUAGCAUUGAUUACUUGUCAAAAAUGUCUGGCAUAUCUACGUACAAAGAAUUUUAUCACCCUCCCAGUGGACCCAAAGAACAGGAAAUAGGCAUAAAGAAACAAUUAUUUGAAAAAUACAUGUAUCACAAGAUAAGUAAGGAAGUAUAUGAUGAAUACAAAGAAGCCUUUGCAAUACAGCCGAUGGAAUCACUGUCUGUAACAGGGCGGGACUUCAAAAUAGAAGGUUUCAAAUCUGUUCCACGUCCUCCUGUUAUGCGUCAUGAUUAUAAAACUGAACAACCUAUCACAAUCUGGUCGGACCAUGUUAAGCAAGUACAGGGUGUCACUGAAAUGAAGACUGGUGAUACUCCAUUUAGAAAAAAUGCCUCAUUUACCAGACCAAUAAUGGAAGCAUUGGAUACUUAACAAAAAGCUGGAAAAUAUUCUGGCUCCUAGACACAGAAAUGAAUCAUUAACAGAAAUCAGACAGAAAGGAUUUAUUGUACUUGUUACUGCUCAGUACCUUUUGAUAAUUUGCAUUGUUCAUAUCAUCAAUUUUGAGAAAAAAUCAAAUUAAAAAUUAGAAAAACAAUUAGAUCCUUGUAUUGUACACAGCAGAUCAGUGUGACUGAAAAUUGUCUAUUUUGAUGAUGAUGAGUUAGAAAUUGCAGGUAAUUUCUGAUCUGCUGGGAAUUUCCAGAUUUUUCUUUUUCUGUUUGAAAUGUUCAACUUCUGUACACUCUUAACAAUAUCAAAUACUGCCCAGUAAAUUUUAAAACUGUGCAGUUUUCUGCCCAUUAUCCAUUAAAGUUAUUGGCCAAAAUUUUAUACAUUAUUACCUCCUGCUCUUCUGCCAAUUAACUUUAAUGAAUAGUAAUUUUCAGGCAAAGCACCAACAGCAUACGCUAGUGGAAUUCAAUUUCAUAAAACUUUGGAUGUAUGAUUUUAAUUUUGUAAUCUAAAGUGAUUGGAACAAACAGACCGAAAACUGAUGACAUGACUAAAGUAAAAUGAUGGAAGCAUGCUCAGUUUCCCAGUUCUGACAGAGAAGCUGCCUGCCCUGCUGACUGUUUUCAGUGCUUUCUGUUCAUGCUUUGCAUGUCAAGCUUCUGCAGCUUUUAUGAUGUUCAUUUACUGUAUUCCUGAAAACUAAUGAACCAGUCCGGAGUUUAUAAUAAUGAUGGAAUGAAACUGAUGAGCCUGGGAAGCACAAUGGUGUUUCACUCUAAGAUACACAAGUUGGAUUUUUCACAUCUUAUUCAUUUCAAAAAUGUUGGAAUGCAUCCAAAUCAGCUUUAAGAAAACUGGGCUAGUCACUAGGUGGGGUGAUAGGAAGAAUGCACUGCUAGCCAACUGCUGGAGAGGCAGGGCAGACAGGUCCAGCCAAAAAAACAUAACAAAUCAGGACCUUUGACAUGGAAUUCCAGGCUAUCAAACCAGCCAUGGGAAAUUUUUGUAUGCCCUGUAUCUUCAGUAAGAUCUCAAUGCUGGCACAGGGUGUGUUGUAUGCACAGGAGAUAAGACAAUCAGGAACUCAUCCUGCUGAAAUUAUGCAGCUGUCUGGAACUUCUCCAGCUUGGCAGUCUAAAGGAGGCUGAUGAAGCAGGCAAUGCAAGCUUUCCCAAGACCAAUUGGCUUUGACAGGUUCAUUAGACAUGUCCAAUAUUCAUCACUGUGGGAGGGACUUCACCUUGAGGAGGAAUUCCUAUACAGAACCAAAAAUAAGAUCAGACAACUGUCAUUUCUUAUAUAAAUAAGAACAUACAGUUCUUAUUCAUUAUUACUUAAGAAUUUUAAAAUUUAAGUAAAUAUAUGUAGCUGUUUCAGUCAGUUCAAACUGAACUUAAUAUUACAGUGACCUACUGAAUACUGGAUCAGCCAUCUAGCUGCUAGAACAUGCUAGAAUAAAUAUGUUCUUAUUCAAUAAUAGUCGAGAAUUUUAAAGUGAAAGUUUCAGUCAGUGUAAAUUGAACUCAAUAUUACAUUUAGCUCUACUAUUGAAUUUCAGGAAGAACUAUUGGGAUUUAUUUUGGAUUUCAAGUAAUACAGAUUUACUUAACUGACACAAUGCAUUGCACUUUCACAUUUGAUAUGUUGGUAAUGCUGACUUAACUAUUAUCUAUUCUUUCAAUUUGUUCUUUCUAUAAAAGUUUUAUCAAAUUGUUCUAAAACGAUUGGAAGUCCAAAGUCUAUAUCAGUUGACAGUCAUAAAUGUCAAACAGAAAAAUUCUAAUGGAGGUUUGCAAUCGAAUAAAUACAAGUGAAAGAAGUAAUUUUACCUGUUUUACUGACAUGGAAAAAGCAGUUCAAUGACUAUUGAUUGCUACAUAAAAAAUAAUAAGCUGCAAGUCAGGUGAUCUGUUCUUCCACAUUAUAACAAUAAAUAAAAUUCUGGAAAAAAUAUCCUUUCUCAGGGUGGGAAUGUCAAAUACUAGAGGGCAUAGGUUUAGGGUGAGAGGGGAAAGUUUUAAAAGGGACCUGAGGUUGCUACUUAGAGUGGUGUGAAUCACAUAGCAUGGGUGUGUACAUGAAAUUAGCUGCCAGAGAAAGUAGUUGAGGUUGGUACAAAAGUGAUACUCAAAAGACAUUUGGGUAAGUAUAUAGAUAGCUUUUAGAGAGACUCAGACCAAACAUGGCAAAUGGGACUAGUUCAGGUGGGGUACUUUGGUUUGCAUGGAUCAUUUAGGCUGCAGGACCUAUUUUCAUGCUGUGUAAUUCUAGGACUAAUUCUGAUGUAUUUGUUUGAGCAAAGUAGUUUGUCAGCUGUCCAGAUUAAUAUCUCAAUUUUAUAUCCCAGUUAAUAAUUAGAAAAGUUGCUUAAUAAUUUGAAAUAUCAAUUAACUCACCUAUUUUGUUUUGUAUGCUAAUAUUUACAGUGUGAAGCUUUCAUGUAUACAUUGGAGAGCAGAGUAUUGAAAAUACUGUUAAUUGCCAAAUAACUUUCCAAUUACCAAUUUUUUUUUCAUUUUUGUGCUUAAAAUUUAAUGACCAUAUGAGUUAAUGAUUUUUGUGCUUGUAACACAGGCAUUUAAUUUGUAUUUUUAUUUUGCUUUUACGGCUUAAAUGAAGAAAUUCUUAAUGGCAAAAAAUAAGAUGGUUUAUAAAAUUAGAUGGUGUAAUAUCGGCAGAAAAUUUGGAUGAUUUGUAAAAAAAAUUGUUUUUAUGAAGUGGAGCAAAA